AUGUACUGGAGGGCUGAUUGGGUACCUCGUGAGAGUUUUGUUGAUUUGCGAUGUUUUUUUCGUGGAGGAGCAAAGAGAAUAUUAUUAAUUAAAAGAAUAAAUAGUCCUAAUGUUACGAAGGCAGCAGCAGAACUUGCCAG